AAAACAAACAAACAUACUAUCACUCCUAAUCCUACGUUGAAUCAUAAAUAUUCCAUCUGAUGUUGUAUUGUUAAGGUUUCUCCCACAAACUAUUUUGUAAACGAGACAUCAACAACAGUUGCAGAAGCAGAAAGAAAAGAGGAAGAGAUGACAGGCUCAGCAGAUGCAUUAGUGAUAUCAUUCGGUGAAAUGCUCAUCGACUUUGUUCCUGACACAUCUGGUGUUUCCUUGGCUGAGUCUUAUGCUUUUAUCAAGGCCCCUGGAGGUGCCCCUGCCAAUGUUGCUUGUGCCGUAUCCAAACUUGGUGGUAACGCUGCCUUCAUUGGCAAGGUGGGAGAUGAUGAAUUUGGAAGGAUGCUAGUUGACAUUUUGAAGAAAAAUGGGGUCAAUACAGAUGGUGUUUGCUUUGAUGAGGAGGCAAGAACUGCAUUGGCUUUUGUGACACUGAGGAAGGAUGGAGAGAGGGAGUUCAUGUUUUAUAGAAAUCCUAGUGCAGAUAUGUUGUUGAAGGAAUCUGAAUUGAAUGUGGGUUUGAUCAAGCAGGCCAAGGUAUUCCAUUAUGGAUCUAUUAGCCUUAUAACAGAGCCAUGCAGAUCAGCUCACUUGGCUGCGAUGAAAGCUGCUAGAGAAGGUGGUGCUUUGCUGUCCUAUGAUCCGAAUGUGAGGCUGCCUUUGUGGCCUUCUCAUGAGGCUGCUAGGUCUGGGAUCAAGAGCAUUUGGUAUGAAGCUGACUUCAUCAAGGUGAGUGAUGACGAAGUUCAAUUUCUGACACAAGAAGAUCCUGAGAAGGAAGAUGUUGUCAUGUCCCUGUGGCACGACAAAUUGAAAAUGCUUCUUGUCACUGAUGGAGAGAAGGGUUGCAGAUAUCUUACCAAGAACUUCAAAGGAAGGGUAACUGGAUUCUCAGUGAAGGCAGUUGACACAACUGGUGCUGGUGAUUCUUUUGUUGGUGCACUCCUCACAGCUGUGGCAAGGGACAGUUCCAUAUUUGAUGACGAACCAAAAUUGAGAGAGGCUUUGACGUUUGCAAAUGCUUGUGGAGCAAUGUGUACAACACAGAAGGGAGCAAUUCCUGCACUUCCAACCGCUGCAGACGCUGAGAAAUUUGUUUCCAACUCAAAAGCCCAAUAAGCUCUCCUUUCAAAUUUGAUAGCCCAUAGGGACUACCCAUUCUCAAUUGAGAGUUUCGCUUUAUAAGUCUGAUUACCAAUGACUUAAAAGUUGUUUCCGUUUAUGAAUAAUAACCAACUUAUUUUUCCUUCUAUGCA